CGAUGCCCUUUCCAUUUUCCCGCGUGCGCGCGACGAUGUCCGCCCUCCUGCCCGGGUGUGGCUGAUGCAAGGCGCGCGUCUGUUGCAGGGGACCCCACCAUCUUCGGCAACUUCGGGCCGCCGCCAGAGGCCGUGGCGGCCGUGCGGGAGAGCCUGGACUCGGGCCGCUACAACGGAUACGCCCCCUGCGCCGGGUACAAAGAAGCAAGAGAAGCUGUCGCGAAUUACGUGUCAUAUCCAAAUGCGGAAGUGGAGUUUAAGGACGUGGUGCUGUGCAGCGGCUGCUCGUCGGCGCUGGAGAUGUGCAUCACGGCGCUGUGUGACCCCGGGCAGAACCUGCUGGUGCCGCGGCCUGGCUUCGCGCUCUACCGCACGCUCGCGGAGUCCAUCGGCGUGCACAUCCGCUCCUACAACUUGAUGCCGGAGCGCGGCUGGGAGGCCGACCUGCGCCACCUGGAGCAGCAAGCGGACGCGCGCACCGCCGCGCUGCUCAUCAACAACCCGUCCAACCCGUGCGGCUCCGUGUGGCGCCCGCAGCACCUGCGCGACCUGCUGCAGCUGGCGCGCCGUCUGCGCCUGCCCGUCAUCGCCGACGAGAUCUACGAGCACCUGGUUUUCCCCGGAGAGAGGUUUGUCCCUAUGGCUUCGCUGACUUCUGAGGUGCCCAUUCUCUCCUGCGGAGGUCUCACAAAGAGGUUCAUGGUUCCUGGAUGGAGAAUGGGAUGGAUCAUUAGAAAAGCUCUGAACAUGUUAAGUCAGCGCACCAUUGGCUCCAACACAAUAGUGCAGGGCGCACUGCCCGCCAUUUUGGAGAACAAGCACAAGACCUUUUUCGAGGACACAUCACGCACUUUGCAGGAGCACGCGGCGUUGGUGUUCGGGCUGCUGUCGCGCAUUGAGGGCCUACGGCCGGUGAUGCCGCAGGGGGCCAUGUACAUGAUGGUGGGGCUGCGCCUGCAGGACUUCCCCGCCAUCGCCUGCGAGCUCACCUUCGUGGAGCGCCUCAUGGCGGAGGAGUCCCUGCGGGAGGCGUGCGAGCGCAUCGCCGCCUUCUGCCUGCGCCACCGCCAACCGCAGCCCGCCAGCGCCAGCGCCGCCGCCGACCUCGUGGGGCUCCCAUUCGUGCAAGAGCCACGCGCCGCCGCCGCCGGCGGCUACGGCAACCCC